AUGAAGACUCUGCGAUACAAGACACCGAGUUGCUUAUAUCGUCUAGGGAGAAAGACCACCACCAACAGCAGCAGCAGUUUCAGCAGCAGCAGCAGGAGAAAAACCACCAGCAGCAGCAGCAGCAGUUUCAGCAGCAGCAGUUUCAGCAGCAGCAGUUUGUAGACGAUGAAGACUUUGAGAUGCAAGACACGGAGUUGCUUACAUCGUCUAGGGAGAAAAACCACCACCAACAGCAGCAGCAGUUUCAGCAGCAGCAGCUUGUAGACGAUGAAGACUCUGAGCUACAAGACACUGAGUUGCUUACAUCCUCUAGGGAGAGAGACCACCAGCAGCAGCAGCAGCAGUUUCAGCAGCAGCAGUUUCAGCAGCAGCAGCAGUUUCAGCAGCAGCACCUCAGCGGCUUGUGUAGCCAAACGAGAACGACAGCAACGUCUUCGCGGCAGUCAGACAACUCUAUACCGACGCGUGGCAGCAGCAGUUUCAGUUUCAGCAGUUCCAGCAGCUAUCGCAACUUCAACAGGCGCAGCAGAAUGCCGCAAAAGCGAGAGGCGAGAAGGCGAAUACACAAGGAAAAGGGCGUGCCUCCAUGGAAGUGCAGCAGCAACACCUCACGGAGGAGUCUCUGCUGCGAAGGGAGGACAAAAGCGAGAGGCGGCGCAACAGCAAACGAGGCCAAAGGAGGGUGUAGAGGCUCAGCAGCAGCAGCAGCAGCAGCAGCAGCAGCAGCAACAGCAGCAAAAACGGCAACAGGAGACUCCAGAGCAGCCGAAGAGGCCUCGCUGGGCAGAUAUGAUGGAUGAUCCAGACAGCGAAAUUUUUCAUUUUUCCCUCUUGACAAGGCAUCCUCAAGAAAAGAACGCGGGGCACUGGGCCUUACUAAGGGCCGCUGGCACUCCUAAGAAAGGUUAUCAGCUCCUGGUAAAACCAGAAGGUGUUGAUGCCAAAGGGAUGUAUCUAACUGCCAACGCGGAGCUACACAAGCGCCCUUGGUGUAUUUGCACUUUGUCCUGGAGUGCCAAUAAUACACCUGGGGGCACUACACAGACCCCACAUGCCGUCGCACCGUAG